CUGCCGAGACCUGGCAGAGAGACUUCAGUCCUGCUGCUGCAGGCUCCCGGUCUGCCAGCACCUCCGAGCGCACUGACAUCACGCUGCGGGGAGCAGCCGCCUGGUCCCCGGCCCGGGGUGGCCUGCAGCACACCCUGCCCAGCCCAGAAUUUGGGGCCUCCUCUGCCAAGCAGGCCCAAGCUAAGGGGUGGAGGUUUGUGCUGCGCGGCGCGGGCUUCCCACCCGCUCGUUGCACUCGAUGUUCGCGGGGAGCUGGAUGGUCUGACCCGAAGGGCUGCGGGGUUCUGCGCGGAGCUCGGGUGCUGCCCACAAGCUAGCACCAUGCUGGCCCCGAAGAAAGGGCUGCUCUGCAACCUGAACCACAUCCACCUGCAGCACAUCUCCCUGGGGCUGCACCUCUCCCGGCACCCGGAGCUCCGGGAGACCUCCGUCCCCGUGGCUCGAGGCGACCGGACGGACUGCGGCGACUGUCGGGAGAACUGUGGGCAAGUCGAUGCCAAUUCCAACAAUCCUUCCUUGAGGUGCCAGUGCUGCGAAGCCCACGCGCAGCCGCCCGCGAAGCUGGGCCUCCAGAACCAGACAGCUCAAGAGGAUUUCCCCUGCCUGCACGCUGGGGAGGACGUGGCUUCCCCCUGUGAUCCAGCUUCCACCUCCUCCUCUGUCAGUAGCUGCUCAGAUUUCAGCUUGGAUGACUCCCCGGUCUCGGUGUACUGCAAGGAGUUUGCGAGAGAAGAGCCCCAAUACCCUGAAAAGCAGCCCGACAUCAUUCCCAUAGAUGAUGCCCAGGAGGACCCGCUGCUGGCUGACCCUCGCCGCCGGCCCCAGGCCCAGCUGGGCGACAGCUGGCUCAGCCCGGAGGUGGGCUACCUGCUGCUGCACACCCUGUGCCCAGCGCUCUACGCCUUGGUGGAGGACGGGCUGAAGCCGUUCCAGAAGGACGUUAUCACCGGCCAGAGGAAGAACUCGCCCUGGAGCGUGGUGGAAGCCUCAGUGAAGGCAGGCCCCAGCACCCGCUCUCUGCACUCCCUGUGCUGGCAUGUGUCCAGGCUGGCCCCGCUCAGCAGCACCAGGCAGCGCUUUCAUGCCUUUAUCCUCGGCCUUUUGAACAUUAAGCAACUGGAGCUGUGGAUCUCUCAGCUGCAGAAGAGCCCAGGUGUGAUCUCCAUGCUCUACUUUCCCACGGCCUUCUUUGCCCUGAGCCAGGGCCCUCUGCCCCACCUCGCUGAUGAACUGCUGCUGCUCAUCCAGCCCCUCUCAGUGCUGACUUUCCACCUCGACCUGCUCUUUGAACACCACCACCUCUCGGUGGAUGUGAGGCCCUUGUCCCGUCGGCUGGAGUCGCCCCCCUGUCCUGCCCGUCGCCCCUCUCGGAGGAUCGGUCCGCUCCCUGCUCAGGCCCGGGGGGUUGCGCAGCCUCGUCCGGAAGGCCAAAGCAGCGCGGAAGGAGCAAGCCUGGAGUGUGAGAUCCCCCCUGGUCACCUGGGGAGGGCAGCCCCGAAAAGUGCAGAGGGAAGCACAACAUCUCAGUCCCAAGCAGCUGUGCCUGGACCAUUCCCCAGCCCCCAGGUGGGGGCUGCCCUACAGCAGACACUCCAGCAUGUGCUGCGGUGGGGCGACCAGCUCAGUCGCACCUUCCUGGGAGCUGACAGCCCCCCUGAGAACUUCAGGCAGGGGACAGGCCCUCAGGACGCAGCGGGAGGCCUCAGCGGCUGGUGGGGCCAGCUGAGUCAGGCCUCCAGGAUCUAUGUUGCUCCUAGCAAGGAAGGGUUCCCCUUCAUCCGAUGGACAAAGCUGCGGACGGCUGCAGGAGAUGCCAGCCCUGGCCAGACUGCACGACCCCAAGCCUCUGCCAGUGAGCCUAGAGGCACAGAGCUGCAGCUCCUUCAGGCCAAAGCUGUCACUGAACACCCCAGUCCAGAUCCCAUCAGCAGCGCUGGCAGCUCUAGGGCCUCUUCCCCUGAAGACCUCUUCCUGCCUCCUGGAGCCAGGGCAUCCACCAAGCCGGCUGCUCCCGCUGCUGGAGAGAAGCUCCUCUCGGCCUCACCAGAGCCUUGCGCUAAUGGAAACCAGGCGGCCCCUUCUAACCCGGCAGCCAGCAGUCCUCCUGGCCCUGAGAAGGGCGGCUGGCUGGGCCGACUCUUUGGAGCCACCUGCCCGCCUGCCAGAGGCUUCCCUCUCAGUCCUGACACCACCUCAGCUAGACCCAGGAGACCCUCUAGCUGGCUGUCGCCCAGCAUGACCGCUCUCGCUGUGGUGAUGAAGGGGGGAGCUUCGGAGAAGACCCACGCUCAAGAGCAGCCAGCGAGGGAACCGGCUGACCAGCCCCAGACCCCCAGGGCGGUCCGGGCGUUGUGUGACCACACGGGCGCUGCCGUCGGCAAACUGAGCUUCCGGAAGGGGGACAUACUCCGUGCCGGUGGGUCCCCCCGGCCCCGGUGCGGGACUUGCUCUCGCUCACGUUUGCUCAGCUGCUGCCCGUGCCGGUGCGGGAGACGGGAAGGCGCCAGCCCCCGUGCGUUACGCAGUCCCGUGUGCCGUCUGUGUGCCGCUGUCACCGCUGCCCGUGCACCAUCCCAGCACUCUGUAAAUAGCCGUCACCAAGGGAACAAGCUUAUUCCGGGGGGGGAAAGAGCUGGGAAUAAAGGUUGUGACUCACGUGUCGUCAUGUGCGACUGGAUCAUUUUGGGUGGUGGGCUGGAAAUGGCUGGGGCCCGUCCCGGCGUGGACGGCUCAGGCUGGUGCUGGGUGGGUGAGCAGCUGAUCCGGCGUGAAGUCCCCGUUCCCCACCGCCUGGCCGGGCUGUCGGCCCGCCGGGGAAGGGCGCUGACUCGGUCUCGUUUCCCCCACCACGUGCUGCAGGCAAAGUGGCUUCACGGCACUGAAAUGCCUCUUCUUUGGCACAGCAGCUCCCAUGUCACCAUCAACCCAUUUGCGCAGGUGGGCUGGGUUUUAAGCCGGCAGCUGAGGCCAGCUGUGUUCGCUGCACUAAGGCCCUGCUCUUCCUGUGCCAGCUGUGAACACAGCUGCAAUCGGGGGUGGGGGGGAAUCCAGCAUGGAAACAGAAAAUCAGAAAUUAGCCCCAAAGGCCAGUGA